GUUAGUUUGAUCAGGGUUGAUGUUGACUUGAUUGUCUUUUGGAUCUUUAAAAUCCUAUUUUACAGAGGUUUGGAGGAUGACAGCUCGAGUGCAUUGCUCGAUGAUUGCUGUUUUAUUGUGUCUGUUAGGAUACUUGAGCAUAUCAGAUGCUGCUCAAGGUUUGGGAAGCCGUGGGAAGCUGAAGGACUUGCCUGCCCAACGAGGAUGUUCUUCUGAUAGAGACUGCUCUGGAGGAAGCAAAUGUUUUCGAUUUCACUGUGAGCCUGAUUCCAUGAAGCCAGGUCAAUGUCCCGACCCGAAGGACGUUGCACGGUUUGCUAAAAGCUGUGUCCAUGAUGGCCAGUGUCCUGCCACACAGAAAUGUUGCCCAACCACCCAUGGCCAUGCAUGCAGUAAACGCAGCAGCCAGAGCAUGGGUCAGGGCCAGGGUCUGGGAAUGGGUCAGGGCCAGGGAAUGGGCCAGGGAAUGGGUCAGGGUCAGGGCCAGGGAAUGGGCCAGGGAAUGGGAAUGGGUCAGGGCCAGGGAAUGGGAAUGGGUCAGGGCCAGGGAAUGGGAAUGGGAAUGGGUCAGGGCCAGGGAAUGGGAAUGGGUCAGGGCCAGGGAAUGGGAAUGGGUCAGGGCCAGGGAAUGGGAAUGGGUCAGGGCCAGGGAAUGGGAAUGGGUCAGGGCCAGGGAAUGGGAAUGGGUCAGGGCCAGGGAAUGGGCCAGGGUCAGGGCCAGGGAAUGGGCCAGGGCCAGGGAAUGGGUCAGGGCCAGGGAAUGGGCCAGGGCCAGGGAAUGGGCCAGGGAAUGGGUCAGGGUCAGGGCCAGGGAAUGGGCCAGGGAAUGGGCCAGGGAAUGGGCCAGGGAAUGGGCCAGGGCCAGGGAAUGGGAAUGGGAAUGGGAAUGGGCCAGGGAAUGGGAAUGGGUCAGGGCCAGGGCCAGGGAAUGGGUCAGGGCCAGGGAAUGGGCCAGGGAAUGGGUCAGGGCCAGGGAAUGGGCCAGGGAAUGGGAAUGGGAAUGGGUCAGGGAAUGGGCCAGGGCCAGGGAAUGGGCCAGGGAAUGGGUCAGGGCCAGGGAAUGGGAAUUGGCCAGGGAAUGGGCCAGGGAAUGGGAAUGGGUCAGGGCCAGGGCCAGGGCCAGGGAAUGGGUCAGGGCCAGGGAAUGGGUCAGGGCCAGGGCCAGGGAAUGGGAAUGGGCCAGGGAAUGGGAAUGGGUCAGGGUCAGGGCCAGGGCCAGGGAAUGGGUCAGGGCCAGGGAAUGGGCCAGGGAAUGGGAAUGGGCCAGGGAAUGGGAAUGGGCCAGGGAAUGGGAAUGGGGCAGGGUCAGGGAAUGGGUCAGGGCCAGGGUCAGGGAAUGGGCCAGGGAAUGGGUCAGGGUCAGGGCCAGGGAAUGGGCCAGGGAACGGGGCAGGGAAUGGGGCAGGGCCAGGGAAUGGGCAGGGGAAUGGGUCACGGCAGCGGUCAGGGAAGUGGCCGGGGCCAGGGCCACAGUCGUUGA